CAUGCCCUUGUCUACGAACUUCCUCGAUGCAUACUUCAACUUUGUUCCCUCGGUGUUUUUUAACGGCCGGGCUGACCUCGAAUCUCGAGUAGUGGCAGUUCUGCGGUUAUAGGCGUUCUUUUGUGUUCUGGACCCUUGAUGAGUAUUCCGAUGCUAAUUCAACCGCCUUUGCCCAAAUAGCAGGACCCUAAGUGCGUGUGCUUUUGGAAUACUCACUCAAAGACAAAUUAUAAUAAGUCCAUCGUGCGACUGUGGAACCGCCCUUUCCGUUGUCCAACGACUUUAAUGACCUUUUCCCCAGAGCUCUUCUAUCCCUGAAAUUAGCUGGGCGCAUUGCAACGCAUAUGAGUUCAACGGCAACAACAACAGCAGAUGUCCUUAGUUCAUUUUCUUAUGCGCAAAUUGCUGUCGCUGUCGCCGUCUUGUAUGAUCACUCACUGGCCUUCGCUCGUGAAAUAGAUUAUAUAUGGCGGAGGCCGCCUUCAAUAGUAGCCGCCUUAUAUCUAUUGGACCGCUACCUGGGCGAUUCCGUUGUGAUCAUUGGUGUAUAUCUGUGCCUCACUGAAGAUGCAUCAACACAAGUGAGCUUUCGGCUUUUCCAAGUCCGAGCGUGGGGUACUCUUCUGUGUUCGUGGCUUACUCAGUGCAUCAUGCAACUCCGAAUAUAUGCUAUGUACCGGCGGACUAGGCGGAUACUCGUGAUAUUGGUCUUUGCUUUCUUCAGCGAGGUCCUGGCUGUCGUUGUAAUCAUCUGGAGAACCAUCGGUCCAGCAAGCCAAUUAGUUGUCACCGACGAGUCUUCAAGCUUUCCUGGGAAGCACCUGUGCACCUUCUCCGGGAUCAACACAGAUUUCACCUAUUUGUUCAUACCCGUCUUUUGCUUCGAGUUAUUGCUCUUCUUCUUGGCCAUUAGAGUUUCCCUCAAUAAUAUGAGAGAGAGGAAGGCCACCCCUGGUACCUCCAGCUUGCGUGUAAAUUCAUUCAUGGGCAUACUUGUGCGAGACAGCAUUUUGUAUUUCUUCAUAAACCUGGCGAUGUGCGUUAUCGUCAUGAGCCUGUGGCGGAAUGCCGCUGCCCUACACGCAAAUAUAUCUAUCCCGUUCAUCAUGCUUGUCGAGACCAUAAUUGGCACUCGCAUGGUAAUCAACUUCAAGGAACAUUGUUCUCGCCGGUCGACCUUGGAACCGAUCAUGAUCACUGGGUCAAUAUACUUCGCGGGAGUCGGUGAAGAGUCUGCGCGCCAGGUUACGAAUCAUGACCAGUCGAACGAAGGUGACGAGGAGAUGCAGCCGGUCAAGAGUGAUGAAGAAAGUACUGAGAUCAUCACUUACGAAGAAUUAUAACUUUUGAUUACUGCGAUCCAUAUACAUGUACCAAUUUCUACAAUGUUGGUCAUACAGUACAUGUACAAAUCAUCGAGUCCAUACGACCGGUGUAAAUGCAAUAUAAGGUACUGGAUAUUACGAUGCGAA